AUGGGGAGCUCCCCGGGAACGGGCGACGCGGAACCUGCGCCGGAAGCGUCCCAAACAAUGUCGCCAUCGUUCCAAAGUCAGCGGGAACUGCCAGCUGAGGCUUCACCUGUGAUACAACGUCGUCAAGAAAUUCAGCAGAAGCGAUCGUCUAUUCCCCCCAGACCAAACGGUGCUGCUCGCCACGCAAAACGUCUGACCCUCAACUUUCCUAUCAACGUUGUUCCGGGUCUUGAAUCCGAUCCUAACGUCACUUCCCCUGAUUCUAUGACACCUGCCACAUUCUCGGCGGCCCGUCCAUCUCCCCUCCCUGCCGCUGGAACUCCGGUCGUGUUCGACGAUCAGGAUGAUGGCUCUAGCCUUCUCACUGCCAUUGCGUCACAGGAACGGAAGGUGCUGGAACUCCGCGAGGAGCUUCAGCGGGCGGAGGCGGAGCUGGAUACUUUGAAGAAACAAUGGGCUUCCUCGGAGAAGACGAAGAAACGCACGGAGAUCAACCACCGAGCGGAGCCGCUGCUUCCUCUGCGGUCGCCUGACCGCGCGACCCAUGACGAAUCGAGCCAGCAUGGUAGAGAACGCAGUGCAGGCACCGCGGAUGGCUCUUCGGCCGUGCAGGCUCGACGCAGCCGCGAUCUUGAGCGACGCCAAAGCCUACGAGCCAGUGUAAAUAGCGGCACCGCGAUAUCUGCGAAUGGACGGCGGGUGUUCCAAGGAUCUCAUACGCGGGCAUUGUCGUUGCUCUCGCCCGUCAAUGGUCCGGGUGUCAACCAACAGUUUGGUACUGAUGCGGACGGCAACCGUGCGACUAGAACGCCGCGAUCGGCGACCUUGCCUUCUGUUGAACGCGCUGCAACGACCGAGAUGAACGAACGGCCUACGGAGGAUAUGAUCUCUCAGUGGCGGAGGACCAUGCCGCCCCCGUCUCGGGAGGCACUGGUGCGUACCGGUAAGCAGAUGGCUUCCGAUCUGAGAGAAGGUUUGUGGACGUUCCUGGAGGACAUUCGACAGGCUACGGUGGGAGAAGAGGGAAUCAAUGCCACUCAGUCGAGAGGAGUGCCGCCCGCGCGGAAACGAGAUUCCAGCUCCGCGUCCCGAAGCAGAGACCGGUUGUCGGUGCAUGGAGGCAAAUCAUCGCGGUCACCGUCGUCCUCGCGGGGCAAGGCGGCAGGGACACAAUUAUCUGGUAAAGACACUGAAUCGGCGGACAUAGACGUGUCGUUCUGGAGUGAAUUCGGCAUUGAUACAGCUGGGCAGAAGUCCACGAAAGCUCGCGGAGCCUCAAAUACCCCACGCGGGGCGACCGAACAAGAAACCUCCAACAAUCUCGACGUUGAAGAGAACUGGGAUGACUGGGAUACUCCCCAGCCCAAGAAGACGCACACCCCUUCGUCGAGCCGCUCCACGCUGGAGUCCAAGCAUGACCAGUCUCCGAUGACACAGAACAGUAGCCCUCGUACAAGCGGCAGUUUUGGAGACUGGCGCGCCACACAGGAUGACUUCGUCCCCGACCCCAGCGUAUCAGAUGGCAUUCCCUGGCCUGCAAUCACCAAAUUCGCUCCCUCGAAGCUCACCCGGACAGCAUCCAAUUUGAUGGCCGAGUGGGAGCGCAGUCUUUCACCCUCACCUGAGAGAAAGAAUCAAACGAGCUCUUCGCCUCUCAAUAAGGACGGUAAAAAAGACUGA